AGCAAUGCAUUAAUAAGUGUGCAGUCAUUGUAUGUAUUGAUUGUAUGUUUUAUUAUAUGUUUUUUUUGAACGUCUAAUGAAUAAUAAUCGCCGCAAACAAUAUCAUAGCAGCAAUCGGUGGCCAAUAUAUUAUAGCCGAAGUUGUUGUCGGUUCGGAUAGUAGUGGACAACAACAACAACAACUACAGAGACAGAUAGUAUACACUCGAUGGCCACCAUCGCCGCCGCAAUCGCCGCCGUCGUCAACGAUGCGAUAUAAACAUCUAUUGUUGUGUGUGGUGUCCAUCGGCGUUACAACAGUACUAUACUGUUUGCUGGUGGCCUCCGACGGCCGCCACCGGUCGGCAACAUUGGACUCGAUUAAUCGACAACUAUCCCAAUGGAAAGGCGUCGUCAUACGGGAUCAGUCGAUCAAAUCUAUUAACAAUAUCUUCAUAUUCAACAACAAUCAUAACUACAAUCCGGGCGCCGGUAGUGCCGCCGCCGAACCGAACAACGCCAGCGGCGAAGAAAGCGAACGCAAGUGUCGUCAAUAUUUGCGAACAUUGGGACUAAUUGGCGACCGUAACGGUACCGAAGUUAUUGUCGACGACAAAAGCCAGUCAGUGAUCACCACCACUACUACUAGCGUUCAACCCGUAUUUGUUACCGCCGUUACUGGCGAACAAUCAGAUCUGGCCAUCGGUUUUCUGAAGUCUUUUCAAAAUGAGUUUAUCGCAGGCCUUAACACCAACUAUACGCUUAUUGUCUACGAUCUGGGACUCAGUCAGCGACAGUUCAAUAAGAUAAGCAGUAUUUGCAAUGAAACGCAAACCCAGAAUCUCAGCAAAUCAAGUGAUAUUAUUAUGACAAUACCGUCAUCGAUGUCGUCAUCGGCGUCAACACCGAUAACGACAACGUCGACGACGACGACAACAACGACUACUGGUCACAACACAAAUAGCAACAAUAAUAACAGUAUCGCCGGUGGUAGUGGUGGUCAACUAAACAAUUGGUGUACAAUACGCCGAUUUGAAUACGACUUAUUUCCGCCGCACGUCUACGACCAUAAACUGCACGCCUAUCGGCCGAUAAUCUUGCAGUUAGUAUUGGCCGAAUUUGGUGCCGCUUUCUGGUUGGAUCCAAACUAUUUGUUGCUUCCAUCGGCCGUAGAAAAAGUCAAUUCAUUAGCCACGAGGGCCCGCCAGUCGGGUGGUGUCCUAUCGUGGACUAUUGAACAGCCGACUUCUAGUCUAACUCAUCCAAAAAUGUUUGACUACUUCAAGACAGUGCAAAAUGAAUACUAUUUUCAUCGAAUGGUCAAACCGUCACACAUACUACUGUACAAUACUGGCCGAAUCCAUAAGCAACUUAUGCUACCGUGGAUCAGGUGUACGCUAACACCCGAGUGUAUUGCGCCAAUCGGAUCGCAGGCUAGCGGCUGUCGAUUCGAUAAGAAACCAUUGUAUCGGUACAGCGGUUGUCAUCAUUACGAUACAUCAGCACUGAACAUAGUGUUGGGCCAGUUGUUUGACUACAGUGAGACACCGUAUUCGGCUCCCGAAGACGACAAGUUUUUCAAAGUAAAUACUUUAGACGACGAAGAAAUGUAUACUGAUUCUGGUGGCGGCGCUGGCGGUGACACCGAUAUAUCAGUCGAUGCCGAAUACGUGUCUUCUGCAGCCGCCGCAAACUAUAGGACAAUCGGUACCGCUGUUGGCGCCGAUCAUCGUCCGCAAAUUAUUCGCAGCAGUGGUAGUAGUCGUAGACAACAUAUACAACAACAGCAGCGGCACCAGUAGUCCAGUAGUGAACUGACCACUUAUACUGUACUGAUUCACAACAAGUGAUCUGAUUCUUAAAAAAAACAGAAACAAAACAAAAAUGUCAUUAAUUUUUUAUUUUUUGAUUAAUUGAUGACAUUUCGUGAUAUACACACUAAUAAUCUUCUACUGAAAACAAUACAUCUCUGAGAGCCCCGAGUUUUUGUGUGGCUUUAAAAC